AUGGAGACCAUCACAAAAUCACCCACCAAGAGACGCGCCCUCGCCGCCCUGGACGCGAACGCGCUCGCCUCCCCGAAGCUUCACCAACUCAAGAACACGACCAAGAGCCCCGUCAAGGAGAGGAAACGACCUCUGGACGAACCAAUGGCCGCCGCACUGAGCCCCCUCCCCAAGAAGAGGGCGUGUUUCGAGGACGAUCUCUCGAGGAGCCAGAGCCCAGAGGCGAGCUCCAUAUUCGACACGUCCGCCAACGAUUCCUCGUGGGCCACUGAGCCGGAGGCGUCGCCGGCGCCGCGGGUCAUGACGAGGCAGCAGGCUAUGGAGAAAGCCGAGAUCCUCCGCCUGAGGCUGGGCCUCGCCAGCUACAAGUUCCGCACGGGGCAGACGUCCAUUCCGCUCGCCAACCUGCGGAGGAUGCCGCUGCCGCCGCGGGCGAGGAAGGCCGAGACGAACGAUGCCGGCGGCCACGAGGAGAGGAAUGUGUCUGCACAGGGGGGCAAGGGCGACGCGAGGCAGCAGCAGCCGCGGGCCUGGGGCAAGAUCUCACACGGCCAGCAGAAGAUGCCCAGCGAGCAAAGUCACGGUGCUGAAGAGGACUCGAGCGACAACGAUGAGGGGGAGGAGGGGCAGGAGGGCGAUGAUGCGGUGCCGGAGCUGCCGCGCCUUUCCCCGUCCAAGUACGCCAUGUCGGCGCUGCAGAGCACAGAGGGUAGUCUGACGGACCUGGCGGACGGGUUACUGAGUCUCUCGAGGAGCAAUUCGGACGUGUAG